GGGUCCACAAGCUCAGGGCGCGCUAGUGUGUAAUUGGGGGAACGCCGCGUCGCCAAUUAAGGACACGCGCAACCAUCCCGUCCCGUCCAACGUCCAAUUGACAACGAGACACCAUCUUCUGCCUUUUCUUGAAUCAUCACUUCGAAUCGACCACCAACUACUUUCCCUUCCUUAGUCGAGCAGUUACUAGCUUCACAAUGGCGCCUGCGAAAUCAUCUACCGGCGGCAAGGACGUGUACUCGGUCAUCCUGCCUACCUUUAACGAGCGCCAGAACUUGCCCAUCAUCACCUGGCUCCUGAACCGCACAUUUACCGAACAGAACCUCGACUGGGAACUUGUCAUUGUGGACGACGGCUCCCCAGACGGAACCCAAGAGGUCGCCGCCCAGCUCAUCAAGGCCUACUCCCCUCACAUCCAGCUUCGCCCUCGCACCGGCAAGCUCGGCCUCGGCACCGCCUACGUCCAUGGCCUCAAGUACGCCAAGGGCAACUACAUCGUCAUCAUGGACGCCGACUUUAGCCACCACCCCAAGUUCAUUCCCCAGAUGAUUGAGAAGAUGAAGCAGGGCGAUUACGACAUCGUGACGGGCACCCGCUAUGCCGGUGACGGCGGUGUGUACGGCUGGGACUUGAAGAGAAAGCUGACGAGCAAGGGCGCCAACAUCUUUGCGGAUACCGUUCUUCGGCCUGGAGUGAGCGACUUGACGGGCAGCUUCAGGCUGUACAAGCGGGCCGUGCUGGAGAAGCUGUUUGAGAGCACGGAUGCGAGAGGGUUCACGAUGCAGAUGGCGCUUGCUGUGACGGCCAAGGCGAAGGGGUAUUCUAUCGGAGAGGUCCCGAUUUCUUUUGUGGACAGAGUGUACGGUGACAGCAAGCUGGGCGGCGAGGAGAUUGUGGAGUAUGCCAAGGGGGUGUUGCAGCUUUGGUGGUCUAUCUAAGGGGCUUGAGGGAGGGAAGAAGCUGGAACUCGUGGAAGGGAUGAGGUUUGGGAUAUUAAUUCUAAUGCUGAUAUUUACACUGUUUGAAAAGCGAAAAUGAAAUGGCAG